AAGCACAUUAGCAGCAGGACGCUAGGCUCUGAUCAAUGGGAGUGGUCCUAAAGUACGUCUGUGCCCGCACGCCUGGCCACACUAGAACGUUUCUGAAAGUUUACAUGACUGACCGCUUCUCACGCGCUCGUGGAUUAGCCUAUACCCGGCCAUUCUCCGUUGAUAUCUAACCUUUGACCUAUCAAGGCUGGAUUUGUGUGGUCACCCCUCUGGAGCGGAACCACUGUCACCACAGUCACAGCCGUGCUGCCAUUGGACACUGCUCUCACUGCUCAAGCACCUAGACACCGGCCAGUGCUUCUUUGAGACUCCCGCAGAUAUCUGACUUUGAGAUGGAGAGCAGCAACAUGUCGCUUUUACCUCUACUUCUACUGUGCCUUGCCAUCGCCACUUCAGCAUCCCAGCAGACCUGUGAGCCAGUGGCGGUCCCUGAAAACCAGAAUGCCUGGAUCAGGUUGAGAGAGAUGCUUCCAGGCUGCUGGACCAACUACACCACUCAGGACGGCAAAGAAGUUCACAUCCUCAGCCUGCACUACACACCUGAGGCUCCCAACAUGUUUACACUGAAUAUGACCGCUGCCCAGCCAAUGCACCUCAUCAUCACCACAGACUCAAAGCAGAUCAUAUACACUGAGGCCCAUGCUAACGCGGAUGUCAGCUUUUACGUGGCAAAUGACUCCAAUAUGCAAUUCAUGGGUACAGUGAACGUCCAGAAAAAAGCCUUUCCCACAGACAAUGAAGCUAUAGUGAGGUGGGCCGCCGAGAAGUUUGGUGGGGUGACGUCCUUCACCACCAUCCAGAACCCAAUGAGCAUCGCUUCCACAGGGAGAGAGGGAACAAGACUCCUUCCAACUGGCUCCAACAACUGUACUCUUGAAAACGAAUGGCAUGCGCUCAAGCACUAUCUGAAGUUAGAAUCAAACAUGCGUUUGCUCAAAUCCUGUUCGAACCAGCUUCCCCACAGCCACACUGAGAAAGAACUGUACAUCGUCAACAUCCCUGAGGAUGUCAGCAUUCGCCAUGUCUCUGUGCAAGUCAUCAGUGAGAGGCAGAUCAGUCUGUUCCUAAGAGGACCUCAGGGUACCAUGUGGAGCAUCCAUGACCCAAAGCACACCAGCUUCAGUUCCAACAACGUGAUCAUGCUUGCUGCCACCAGCAUGAUGCAUCAGAUCCCUCCCACUAUCAACAUCUCCACAGACAGUGCUGAUGCUGUACAGAAGAAGGCCUUGGACCAUUUCAGAGCCAGUACCAUUACCAGCUACUCUGAGAUCCGAACCAAUGGCACCAUGAUCACACUGGUCCUAGGGAAUAAGGACCACACUUCAGUCAAAGAGGCUGCACCAACCAAGACAACCCCAUCGCCCCCUAGCCCCCCUCAGAUGCCUCUGCUCAUGCAACUGUACACCUCUCCAGACUAUCGCUCCCCUCUGGACCCCAACACCAAGGUGCAGAGCGACAAGAGGAUCUACGCAGAGAUCUCAGGGCGGACACUGGGGGAGAUUGUCCUGACCAUCAAGGUGAUCAACUGCUCGGUGCGCUCCAAGGGCUCUUGCCCGGUGGUGAGGGACAUGCCCUUCAGGCCAGAGGAAUGCUCUUCCACCGUGUGCCCCAACAGUACCAGGGUUAGCUUCUCCUUAGAGCUGCUCCAAGACCUGGCCUCCACUAGCUGGGACCUGGAGUGCUUCGUCAAACUCUGCUUCAGCGAGAAAUGUGGAGAUGGAGGAAGAGUGAAGAGGAACUUGGAGGUCACCCAGACAUACAUCCCACCACCAAUGGCGUGUAUUGACUUUGGUCUGUCAGCCGUGCUGGGCAUCGCCUUUGGAGGCUUCCUGAUCGGAGUUCUGCUCAUCGGAGCUCUGUGGUUCAUCAAGAUCCGCACAGGAUACCCCACCGGACUGGAUGUAGGGUCGACUACUGCGAACCUCUCGAGAUGUCCUUGCUCUCUGACCAGCAAACGGCAACCUGUCUCCAACAACCCCUCCCCCUCUGAGAACAGUAGUGCCAAUGCCAGCAUUGGCAGCACUCAAAGCACGCCAACAAGCAGCAUGGCAUGACACCAUCACCAACACCGUCCCCCCUCUCCGUCACACUGAGGGGGCUCCAUGCUAUUUGGUUGCUCUUUCACAAUGCUUAAGAAAGCAUUACCCCCUCUCUUUAGUCACACCCCAUCACGCACCCUUCCUCACCAACCUGAGGGGGGGUUAGGUCGGGGAGGAACAGCUGUAGUCUAGUCCAGGCUCCUAACACCCUCCUCUCCGGCCUCCCAGCAAACGUUCCAGACCGGAAGUCGGAGAGGGUGGGGGAGAAAAUGCCCUGGCUCCCAGCAACAGGAAAAACAAAGCAUAUCCCCAAGAACUAACAGGAAAUUCACUGCAUUCUUUUCAAUGAAUUGUGCCUCUCUGAUGGCGGCACAAUAAGAGUGAGUCAGGGGGGGGAAAAAGACAAAAGAUUUACUUUAAAAACAUUAUUAGAUAAACUGUUUUGGCUCUCAACAUCCACAAUUGUUGUGAUAGGAAAUGUCAAGGCCCCUUUUUCCAGGCAAUUUAGAGAUAUAUUCUGGACUGACAUCCGUUCUUUGACGUUGACUGUAGUUUGAAUUAAAAUUUGUAUUACUGUAUAUGGGUGGCUGGAAGACACCAUGUCAGAUUUAAAAAUUUCAGACAGUAAAAAGCUAGAAUAUCCCAUGUUCUCUUCCAACACCAAGGGGAAUCUGUAUUCAUGGGAUUUAGGAAAGAUUGGGAAAAGGCUACCUCUUAAUUUAUGUAGAUAUCGGAUUGUUAAGCAUAAGCUUGACAAUGGCUUCUUCUGGUGAGCUAGUGAGAUAAAUAAAAACAAUUUUCUCUUUCAUUCCAUUUCACUUGAGUUACAUCAUAUUGUUUUGCUCAGAGCCAUCUCUUACAUACAAGCAGAAUUUAUAACAAAACAUUUCUUGCAAGUCAAAUGUUUCACUAUGUAUACAAAAGUAUGUGGACACCCUUUCAAAUUAGUGGAUUCGGCCAUUUCAGCCACACCGUUGCUGACAGGUGUAUACAUUUGAGCACACAGCCAUGCAAUCUCCAUAGACAAAAAUUGGCAGUAGAAUAAGUGCUGUUAUUGUGAAGUGAAAACGUCUAGGAUCAACAACGGCUCAGCCGCGAAGUAGUAGACCACACAAGCUCACAGAACGGGAUCACCGAGUGCUGAAGCGCGUAGCACGUUAAAAUCGUCUGUCCUAGGUUGCAACACUCACACAGAAUUCCAAACCUCCUCUGGAAGUAACGUCAGCACAAUAACUGUUUGUCUGGAGCUUCAUGAAAUGGCCGAGCAGCUGCACACAAUCCUAAACUCACCAUGCGCCAUGUCAAGCAUCGGAUGGAGUGUUGUAAAGAUCGCCGCCAUUGGACUCCGGAGCAGUGGAUAUGCUCAGUGGAAACGAUCAAUUGUCACACCGAUUGCGAGCCAGGCCUAAAUCGCCCAACAUCAGUGUCCGACCUCACGAAUGCUUUUGUGGCUGAAUGGAAGUAAGUCCCUGCAGCAAUGUUCCAGCAUCUAGUGGAAAGCCUUCACAGAAGAGUGGAUUAUGUUAUAGCAGCAAAGGGGGGACCAACUCCAUAUUAAUGCCCAUAAAUUUGGAAGGAGAUGUUAAACGAGCAGGUGUCCACAUACUUUUGGUCAUGUAGUGUACUUGAGCCUUAGCAAAGAGUUGGUUUUAUGGUAAUUAAAAAAAUAUAUAAUAUUUAUCUCAAAUUGUAUUAUGUCUAGAUACACAUUUCACUUUUUGCAAUGCAAACCAAAGUCAACACUAAAGCAAAAGUUGUUACCAAAGAAAUUGCGCUACAUUUUUAAAGAUGAAGUUUGAAAAUCAAAAUGAUUGAACUCAGGAAAAACUGAGGCAUUAUUGUAAUUUAGGGUGAAAUUAUUUAUGUCAAGUGCCAAGGAAAAUGGAAAUCAGAUAGAUUGAAUCGUAAGUGCAAACCCGUUCUAUGUGUAAGUGUACAAAUGUAAAUGUAUUUUGAUUGUAUUGCCUUGUUUUUACCUCUUUGAAAUUGCUCUCACAAUACAAAGUAAAGCCUUGUGGUUAUGACCUGCUGGGUAUAAAGUGAUACCCCUGUGAUAUUCCCUUCAAACAUUCCAUUCAGCCGUAUCUCCUAAAGAGAUAGCAAUACUGUACCAUAAGUAUACAGUAUAUAAUUAAAAUGUUAUUGUAAUGAUUGUACUAGUUAUUUUAUAGUUCAGUAUGCCAAUGUACAGAAACACAGAGUCUAAUCUAUAUUUGUUAAGCAGUUAAUAAUUCAUUCGUAAUUAAUUUGUUUUGAUACCAUCACCAAAAGCAGCGAUCUUAAAACCAAGUGAGCUUCCUCAACCCAACAUUGUGUUUUUAAUGCCCCAACGUGUUUUUUACAUUUUAUUUUUAAAAUUAUGUAGCUAUUAAUGCGUUGUGUGUGUGUUUCUGUGCAUAUGCACGAGUGAGUGCAUGCAUGCAAGUGUGCAUAUGUGUGUGUGUGUUUGUGCAUACAAGCAUGUGUGUGUGUGUGUGUGAAUGUACUCUAAGAUGUGUACACUCAGAGGAAAACAUUAGAAAUUGCCACUUGAGUAUUUGUGUAAUAUGAGGAGUUAAUUCUAUAUGUAAUGUCAAUGCAGUUUAUUUUGUAGGAGAGUUGUUUCUUAUAUUCUUAUUUUAUAAAUUCCAUAGCUUCUGUGUUAUUCUCCAUAUGUUCCAAAGAACUAGGACUAUUCCCUAUUACUAAAUGCAGUUUUUUACUUGUAUUCAUUUGUAACCAGAUGGCCAUUGAUUUAUACUUUCUAUAUUCCAGUUUAAAUUGUAUGAUUUGUUUUGUUAUUAAUUUCUAUAAACAUCAUUAAAACUACCAUCAAGUCGCUAAAUCCAAACUCCAGAGCCCACAUUACUGGUGUUAUGUAAACAGUUAUUGUUGCUCUAACUUAUUCCGUUCAACUUUACCCUCACCCUAAGCCCCCUACCAUACAAUAACAAAGCUAAUCUUCUCUGAUUCGAGAUACUCUGUACUGGUGUGAUAGGCUGAUGCAUUCCAUUUGUCAUACUGUGGACUAGGUCCCAGCAGCACUUAAUCUUUUGGGGUGUACAGAAACUAACCUCAUCCACCACCAAUAUGCAGCACCCACCUGAUGCACAGCAGCCAUUGUGUGCCAACACCUUUAACUCAUGACAGUCAGUGUAUGAGUGGCGUCCCCUUGAGCUGAACCUCCAAACAGGCAAGCAACAGUGGAUUGAGGGAGAGGUGUAGUAUCAGACAGUCAGUGACAGCUAGGCUCUUUGUGAAUACUGACAGAACACAGGGUAAAUCAGAUGGGCCGUCAGUUAAUCCAGUCAUUAACCCAGCAGAUUCCUGCACGACCUCUGGCUCUGACUUCCUCUGCUCAGAGAUGCACACGCACCAAGCAAUCUUCCACACUCUGCCCGUUUCUCUGUUCUCACAAUGAUAGACAUGGUGUAUGUGUGUUUAAGACAGCGUACGUGCAUCUGAGAGUGUGUGUCUAUUGGGAAGGUGUCUUUAUUUCAAUCCAGAAAGGAGAGGGAAUCUUUGUUAUUGAGUGAUCAACUCAACGCAGUUCUCAGGAUAGGAUGCUCCCAAAUAAACAAGGUCUAUGUGGGGGAGCAAAAUGUCAUCCAGUAUUUCUGUGAUCACAUGCAAUGGUAGUCAUUCAAACAAGCUGAUUAUUUUUUUAGUUUUAUGACAUAAUAUGCUACUGCUUUCCACAUCAUUUCUGCCCUGAAUUUAGCAGGCGCUAUCAACAAAGAUCAGUUGAAAAAAGUUGUGAUACACUACUUUCUGCAAAUGGUCAGUGUGAACCAGAGUGACUUGACACAACGCAAGCCAAACAAGCUGUACAAACAAAACGGAAAUAAAGGGGUUCUAGUCUGCCAUGAAGCGUUCAUCCAUGUGUGCGGUUAAGAGUCUAGCUACAUUUUCAGCUAUUAUACAUUGUAUCAAAACAUUCAAGGACCAUUUUCUCAAAAGUGUGGUUACUAGUUUAUCAACUUGCAAAUAAUUACUUUCCCAUUUUCCUCAACCAUGGUGUAUGAUUUUCAAUUUUGUACAUCUGAGUCUCUGCUUUUAUCCAAUGUAAAACCACCAUUUCAAAUGUUGCUACAAAAGAUCGAAUCGAGGUAGUCGGUCACAUAUUUUGUAACUAAUAGAAUUCAUAAAACCUGAAUACAUUAAAACUCCUCUGGAGAGAGAGGGAGAAUGAAGUGGCCAAGUACUGUAUCUGAACCCUAGUUAACCAUUAGGUCACCCCGCCCCCCCCCACACACACACACACACAGUUCCCUCCACAGGAAUUUUAUUCACAGGAAUACCUUUUUAUGUAAUAAAAAUUAUUCUGAAACGAAAGCAGUGACAUAAAGUCCUUUUCCUCAUAGUGAUCUGUACUGGGCUGCUGUUUUAGAAAUAAGGCCUUAGAUAACGGAGCUUGGAUGCACUUGUGUUUAAUGUAUUUCUCUACACAGAAUGUCACGUCUCAGGAUUGUUAACGUUGUUAGAGUCUGUCAUCUUAACAAAAUGGCUGCUCCAAUUAAAAUAAAAAAAAUGCAUUGUUCUCGUGGCACAGGGAAAUCCAUAUUUCCUUUUAAGGCGCAUUGAACAAACUCAAAUUAUACCAUAUGUAUGUGUAUGUUGUCUUUUGAAAAAUGUAUAUAUGAUUUGUGUAUCAAACAUCUUAAUAAAAUGAAUAAACCAAA